CUUCCAGUGCGCAUUGGAUGGCGGCUGCUCGAGCGCCAUGCCCCCCGGCGACGGGCUUCAGUUCUAGAUUGGAGCUGGAGACUUCACAUAGAUCGGCAGCGCGAUCGUCCUCCGCAUCAGCGCUUCCGGGGCGACUGAGGGCCACGGCAGUGUCAGCGGGGGCUGUUUCAUCCGACUCCAAGCAGGGAAAAUCGCGAAGCCCUGUUGUUGUGAUCGAUAACUAUGACAGCUUCACAUACAACAUUUGCCAGUAUUUGGGAGACCUUGGAUGCGAGUUCGUCGUGUAUCGGAAUGACGAGAUUUCCGUUCAAGCUUUGAAAAGUAAGCGGCCUCGUGGGAUUUUAAUUUCUCCGGGACCAGGUACUCCACAGGAUUCUGGUAUAUCUUUGCAGACAGUGAAAGAACUCGGGCCCUCUAUUCCUUUGUUUGGCGUCUGCAUGGGACUCCAGUGCAUUGGCGAGGCGUUUGGAGGAAAGAUUGUUCGAGCACCAAAUGGCGUGAUGCACGGGAAAGUUUCUUCGGUAUACUAUGACGAGAAAGGUGAACCAGGAAUAUUUUCAGGCUUGCCCAAUCCAUUUACAGCGUGCCGGUAUCACAGUUUGGUCAUCGAAAGAGAAACCUUUCCUGGCGACGAGCUUGAGAUCACGGCGUGGACGGACGAUGGUCUCAUCAUGGGCGUGCGGCAUCGCAAGUAUAAGCACAUCCAGGCUGUCCAGUUCCAUCCCGAGAGCAUCAUCACGCAAAAUGGGAAGCAGAUUCUGGAAAACUACACCCGGUUGAUGAACCUCCAGGAAUCUCGAGUAGAGGAUGAAGAACCUUUCCUGGCGGGAAGAAGAGGAGGAACUGGAGCAUAGAGACACAGUUUUCUCUGUAGAAAAAGUGGUCAGCGGUGUUGCUAUCCGAAAGAGGUUCACGUGUUAAACUCCUUCGUUUCCAUAGCGUAAGGAAGCUUCAUCGAUCUGGCAUGGUUGAAAGCUCUUUUUUUUCCACCUCCUCAGAGAUCACGCCCAGGUUUUUGCUUGACUAUACUGAAGGACCAAGGUCUAAUUUUCCCAGAACAAAAUACAUUGCCUCCAUGGAGGAUUGAACUC